GUAUGACAACACUUACUUAAUAUUCAGGAAGUUUAAUCAACAGGUGAAUACAUACCAGCAAUACACUUCUGUACCGAUCGUUCUAUAAAUAUAAAAUGAAAAAGUUUAUAUAUUUAGCGACACAAUGACAUGAAUAUAAUCAAAGAGAAUGCACACAUUCAUGACUUAUGUUGCAUCUUAGGAUAGACGCUAUAGACGAUAUGGCAGUUAUAUCACCGUAUUGUGCAAAGUCCGAAUGACUUAUAAUCUUGAGAUUAUUCCUGGUAUAAAUAUAUAUAUGUUCUGUAAAACGAUGACGCGAUGAUAAAUAUAUUCUGAGGAGUGUGUAUUCGCCUACGUUAGCUACUCCAGAACUUGGUUUGUCCGGGACACAAAUCCACUACCUUCACUUCCCGAAGGAGGAACACCCAUACGAAUACGCGUCAUGAGAGGAUCUGACCCUGAUCAAAGAUAAGCGCAAGAAAUUGAACAGUAAUGGAAAGGAGUGAAAAUGAGGCAGGAGUCAAUGGUCAUGGAUAUCCUUGUCAAAUCAUGGACAAAACGCACAGAAAGAAAGUUUACUAUUCAAUCUGCAUAUACGCCGCAUUCUUUUCUAUCGGCUGGAUGAGGGGACUAUACGGACCUGCCUUGGUCGACAUACUGUUUAUCAGUGAUGUGUCGUUGGACCUGGGAUCGCUUGUGUUUACCUUUAACUCCAUAGGUUAUAUCUUUGGAUGCCUUGGUGGAAAAUACCUCGCAGGUAGAUGGAACCGGAACAUGUUGUACGGAUUAAAUACACUUGCACUUGGAAUACUGAUCGGCGUCACCCCAUGGUGUUACCUGUUUGUGCUGAUGGUUGCCGUUCAUUUUGGACAGGGUACCGUUACUGGUAUAAUAGACACUGUUGGUAACAUCGAAAUCCUGUCUCUAUGGUCCAAUGAUAGGAAGAUGUUUUUCUUUCUGGAACUGAUGUUUGUAACUGGGACCUUUGUGUCACCGUUCGUGGCUGCACCUUUCCUAUUGGAUACAGACGCAUCCGUACACGUUUUCAACGACAGUUUGAACGAACAAAGUGAAACACAACAAUGGAAUACUACAGACACUUUAUCAACACAGAGCUCACAUCUGUAUAUACCUUACACCUUGACAGCAUGUCUGAACAUUUGUAUCUGUUUGCCAUUCUUUGUUUUUUCUCUAAAGCAUUACUUAAGAAACAUAAAGACAUCCCAUGAAGUAGAAGCUACAGAUACCAAGAAAUCGUUACCCUCGAAAUAUAUUUCUUGUUUUGUUGUUAUCUGCAGCAGCCUGCUGUUUCUGGGUAUGGCGUUAGGGGAGGGGUUUAUAUCGUACUUAGCUGUGUAUUGUGUAGAGCAGUUAAGUUUUACUACAUCUGAAGGCGCCGUGAUCAGUUCUAUUUCUGGAGGAUGUAGCAUAGCAGCUGUUGUGGUGUCACUUUUCGUCACCAGUUUGAACACGCUGGUGUAUCUGGGUAUCCAUGUUGUAGGCACGUUGUCUGGUGUUGGAUUUUUUCUGGUCUGCUCCCUGGUAAGAUUUACUAGUGGAGUAUGGUUGUUGGCGGGAGUUAUUGGGUAUUUUAGAACCAUGAUAUUUUCACUGACGCUGUCAUGGACUAACGAGUAUAUAACUCAAGCGACGAGUACAAUUGUCUCUAUAUAUAUGGUGAGCACGAGUGCUGGCUGUGCCUUAGUCCCGAUCCUCCUAGGAAAGUUGAUGGAGACUUACACUAAUCAGUGGUUUUGUUAUAUGUUUCUCAUCCUUGGAACAUUGGUGUUACUACUUUACAUUCUUGGUGUCAUUCUUACCAAGAAGGUUGUCAUGGUGUACGGUAAAACAAACGAAAGAGAAAACGACUGUUCAAGACCGGAAUCUGAACCAUUGGCACUGAAUGCGGUAAAAAGAGCUUCACGCGUUUAGAACAUAUGACAGAGAACUUGCAUAUUAGUUUUUUAAAACUAUAUAUCUAGUAUGGAGUGCUUUUAAUUAUCCUGUGUGUUUAUGAAUGUACAAUCUAUGUGUGUCAUGUUUCUAGGUAGAUGUUGUUUUUUUUAAUUUCAAAUUAUUUCUAUACAUUUAUUUAUUUGCAAAAAUCCAGAUAUUUUUUUCAAAUGCCAUAAUAAGACUGUUUCUGGAUAUCUGUCAAACAGUUUGGCUCUCGUGCGAGAUGGUCAUAGUAGGAAUAGAAGACUUCUAUGUCAAAAUAAUUUUCAGGUGUUAAAACUGUUUUUCAUUCUAGGUAAUUUCUCGUCGCUAUAUAUGGACUUGUAUGUACCCUUCAAAACAAACCGAGCUAGAUAUAGCAGAGCAAAAAUGAAUUGUAAUGCGCCAUACUGUUGUGAAGUUAUCAAAAGAAAUGCCAAAAUCUGAAUUGGGAGGUACAAAAGACCCAUGAUUCUAUUUUCAUCAUUUUCAAUAUUGUAUUUCAAAAAAGAAUUGCGUACAUGUGUAUAUUCUGAGAUAUGUCAUUAUUUGGAUUAAUUAAAACGUGACAAGCAACAGCCGAAAUUGAUGACGUCAUCAAUUUGCGACAUGAUUACGCUGAAUAAAAUGACGACACUAUGAUAUUGUGGGUACAUACAGGUCAGAGUUAUACUAAUCACUCACCAUGCAUUCAUACCCCUAGUAUAACGCUGUGUCUGAAUUGAAUCGAAUUGAAAAAAUGAUCACUUGGCUGAGCUCAUACACAGGGUCACAAACCCGGACAUAAAAUAACAAACUUGUCUUCAUGUCAAGUGAAUGUCUAUAGGUAGAGUAAGUAGACAUGGUUUCUGGUAGGCUGUCAAGUAUAUCUCAAUACGUUAUGGUCUAUUUGAAAUACUUAUGUUCAUAAAAUGUAACCACAGAAUUAAAAACAAAGAUUGCUCGACUAUCUGUAUAUAUGGUGCAAUCCAUAAUCACAUGUUAUUAUAUUAUCUUCACGCAUAAUUUGAGUAGUGAAUGAAACUUUGCAUGUAUUGUACAUGACUCAGUGUACAACAUAAUGUAGUAAGAAUAUAAAUAUUCAUAAAGCUUCAUCAAAUCUUAUUUUGUACAUUUUUUUUAUUUGAAAAUUUAUUAGAGCAUUAAAAUGUAAAAGUGGAUAUUUUCGCGCAUUGAAAUUUUCGCAUAGUCAGCUUCCAAACUGGUCAAGAUUCAAGAUUGUUAUUACUCUCUGACACACUUGAGAGUGUGUAACAAGAGUUCAAACAAGUGUACAGCAAUGUUACAAUUAUAACAUGACAAUGUAAGCAGAUCAUAUGUAUGGACAUAAUUGUUUGUUUCUUACUUUUCCUUAUAAUGAAUUGUGAAAAUCUGGGAAAUAUGAAUGUAGUAGAAUAUUAAUUGAUAAUAACUGGCAACUUCUACACUAUAGCAUAUAAAUUCAUACUUAUAAAAUGCACAGGUAAAUAACACCAAGCUUCAUAAAUUAUACAGAGAUUGAUUAUAAUUCUUUAUCUCACUAGGAAUAGUUUAUUUGUCCUAUAGACUGGUGGAAAUCUGGGAAAAGUUAUCGCCCCUUAUGUGUACUAUAAUAAUACACAAUGUACUCAUCUUCUUUACAAUACAAUAUACUAAUGCCACUACUAAAAAUUAAGUGUACAUUAGGCUUAAGUCUAUAUCGAAGCUACAUGAAACAUACUUAAAAAUUCAUUGUUGUGGAAAAUAACUAGUGUAAGUACCUCGGGACUUUUAUAAAUUUGGAGUAGUUAUCUCCCUUUAUACUGUAGAGAUUUAAGAAAUAAUUAACGAUGAUUCGUGUAUUGUUGCAGGAUAUAC